GCAGCUCUCGUCGACAACCAGCUAACUCACAGAAACAUGAAGUCGCUGCGAUUCCUUGCCGCCGAGGGCUUCAUCCGGAGUGGCCCCGCUGCUCUGGAAAACCUCAGCUGCGUGUCUUUCAACCUCUACCCAAUUAUCUUCAAGGCCUGCUACCUCCAUGAGCAGGCUGUCCUGCUGCGUGGUUUGGUUCAGACGUGGCCCCUUCCUGAUCUGAAUCUACAAAGGCUCCUGGGAAAGACGGUCGACUGUGAGCUGGACCUCACCUCCCGCACCUGCAAGCUCUGUCUGACAGCUAUUCUAACCGGCUUAAAGGAGUAUGUGCUGUCUCCUCCGCGAACCUACACCAAGAGCCUGCGCGUGGUGGACCUGACUGCACUGAAGGAUGUCGAGCACCAGGCCUGCCCCUGCCAGUCGACUCUGGGUCGGUGGGCGAGGACCCAGCUCCUCACCAAAAUGUGCUAUGAGACCGUGGUGGCCAUGCAAGCCAGCAAUGUGCCCCAAUCUGUCUUUGAAACGUCCGUCGAUGUCCGUCUGAACGGCUUCAUCACGGGCCGCAACUAUGAGCAGGUGGCCCAGGUCUUCCUCCUCAGCAGCUACUGUCCGCUGAAGCUCCGUUUUGUUGCUUUUCGGGCCGAUUCCCUCACUCUCAAACAGCUGUUCUACGUCCUUCGCCUAGCGGACCCUGAGGCCAUGUCGAAGCUGGAGGUGGUCCACAACGUUCCCCUGGAGGCCGUGCACCUGGAGGUGCUGCUGUCCAGGGUGGAGUUCCCCAAACUGCAGUCUCUGACCCUGCCAGCUGGUGCGUUGGACGUGAGGAGGCUGGGCCUUGACGAUGAGGAUCUGCUGGCCACCAUCGGCAAUCUGCUGGCACAGCUGAGCAGGCUGACCGAGCUCCUGGUGGGUUUCUCAACUCUGACUGGACACCUGCGCAAGCUGCUGAGUCCUCUCAACACUCCCCUGCAGUGCUUGGAGUUGGCCAACUGCUGCCUGAACCGCGUGGACAUGACGUACCUCUCCAACAGCCUCCACAGUGAGGCCCUGGUGCGCCUGGACAUCAGCGGACACAACAUCUUCGUCUCCUUCCCCACCUGUUUCCACAAACUGCUCAGCCGUUGCUCAGACACACUGGCCAGCCUGGCCCUUGAAGAAUGCGACAUAAAGGACGAGCACAUGGACGCCUUCGCUAACGCUCUGGCAUGCUGUCAGGCGCUGGAGGAGCUCAAACUCCUGGGAAACCCUCUGACCUCUACAGCCCUGCGGAGGUUGUUCUCCAUGCUCUCUGCGGGCUUUCCAAAAUUAAAGUACAUAGAGCUACCUGUCCCCCGUGAUUGCUACCCCGAGGACGUCACUUAUCCUCUCGAUGAUGCAGUCCUACUAGGGUACGAUAAAGAUCUGUUUCAGGAGGUCAGGGCCCAGCUGAUGGGGAUCCUGGAUGGAGCAGGCAGAGGGAGUGUGGAGGUUUGCACUCCGCUCAUGGGGGCCUACGACCCGGACAUUACUGAAACCAGCAACGAGCUGGGAGUGUCCAUACUGAAAUCGUUUAACAGCGUCGUUGGGAGCUUUAUAGGAACUGUAACUGAUGUGAACAAGAGGAGAUCACAGACGCAGACAGAUAAUUAAUGGAUUAAUAAACCAAAUUGGACUGACAGAAAAAGGAUCAAGAUGAACUCAGAUUGUUUACACGAGUCUAGAUAUUUGUGUAAAGAAGAUCUGAAUCUCCAAAUGUAAUGUUGGUAAUUUUGUUGACCUUGAGUGACCCCUGCAAUUUCAUUUUAAAAGGUGUGUUCUUUGGCUAAAUGAAACUAUUUAUUUUAAUAGCACGCUAGUAGUAAGCUAACAAGCAGUAAGCACUUUUCUGUACAUGACUAAAGGACAACAACUGGAAAAUGGAUUCAAGUAAACUAGAUCUGUUGACAUCAGGGCCACCAUCAACGAAGCAUCUUUUUUUUCCAAGUGCUUCCUAUAGUCAGUAAGCUGAAUAUGUGCAGUAAAGCUAAAUGUAGCUACUGUAAUGAUUAUGGCAGAUGAUUGAAUUUUGCUGGAAUCUUGUAUCUACUGUACAUGUUUGAAUGUCUCUAUUUUGGUUGAAGUCUCAUAUAUAACUGAAUUUGUAUAGGUAAACUGCACAAUUCUGCAACAAGGGAAAGAUCAGAAUUUUGCAAGUUUGCCAUUUUGUUUUAACAAUAAAGAAAAUCUUCAAAAA